CUGAACUCAUUCAUGUCAGCGGCAUCGAGCUAUUUUGCAGUCAAGUCAGUCUGUGGAAAGUCUUGCUUUCUCACUGGAGAGAGUCGUGUGUGCUAGAGCAGGGAGGACCAAUCAUAAACUGCUUCCAGUCUAGCGUAGGUGAUACCCUGUUUGAACCCGGGGCGCGGCAGGCGUUGCCAUCAUACGAAACCAAGAAAAAACGUUCUGAGAACAUUCUCUAAAAGUGUAGAAGUCAAGACGUGUGUGCACGUAAAGAUUUGACUGUCCAUCAUGGAUGUAAUGAAAGUGAGCAAGCAGCUGGAGAAGAUGAUGACGGAGGACUCUCUGGAUGACGCUCAGGCCCUGGAGCUGCUGAAGGUUCUGCAGAGUCAGUCAAUCUCUCUGGAGGAUUUGGAGAAAACGAGGAUAGGAAUGAGUGUGAACAAGAUCCGCAAGCAGACGUCCAGCAGUGAUGUGUCCACUCUGGCUAAGAAGCUCAUCAAGGCGUGGAAGAAGAUGCUGGAUUCAGCAUCUAACAAAGGUAGCAAGGCAGGCAAGACCAGCUCUGCAGACCCUCCGGAGUCCAAGAGCAACUCAGACUCACCAGUAGCCAUGGGAGACUCCCCCAACGUCCCACCCAAACAAGAGCCAGCGAGCCCUGCGGAAACAACAGCAUCGGUGAAAACGGAGUCGGCGUCGGCAGAAUUCUCUGCACGCUCACAGUUCGUGCCGACCUUGCCCAUGCCCAGCAACCCAGUACGAUCCAAGUGCGUCGAGAUGCUGUGUAGGGCCAUGCAGAAGAACUCUGAGGAUGCCGAUGAGGACCACUGCCAGCGCACUGCUCUGUCGAUCGAAGAAGCUAUCUGCUCGGAGAUGCCUCAGCUGGACAGUAAGUAUCGCAAUCGUGUUCGCAGUCGCGUGGCCAAUCUGCAAGACACGAAGAACCCGAGCCUGUGCGCUAACGUUAUGUCUGGUGCCAUCUCGCCGGAGAAGCUUGCCAAGAUGACGGCAGAGGAAAUGGCCAGUGACAAGAUGAAGGAGCUACGCCAGCACUUCACCAAGGAAGGCGUGCGCGAUGCUCAGAUGAGCGUGAACAGCGGCACCACCACCGAUCUGCUCAAGUGCAGCAAGUGCAAGCAACGCAAGUGUACUUACAACCAGCUUCAGACAAGAAGCUCUGAUGAACCGAUGACAACAUUCGUCUUCUGUCAGCAUUGCGGCCAUAGAUGGAAGUUUUGCUAAGUCGUUGGCACUUGCGUUCUCGCCCGUGUCGAAGAGUUUGUCCCGGCGACACCAUACUCAGCAGACAGCUGUUGAAUGACUGAAUGGUUGAAACACUGCUGCAGCUGGCUAGGUAGCUAGUUGUCCACGAGCCUUGCCUUCCUCUCCAGCUUUCGCUGCUGCUGCUGCUGGUCUUGUACGCCUGUUGGUUUUGUGAAGACCUGCUACAUGUGUAUACGUAUAGGUAUGUAAGUAUGUACGUGUUUGUGCGUGUGUAGAUGUUACGCUGUGGGUGUUUCUGUAGUUCAGCACGACAGCUGGAAUAAUUAUCCUUUUUUUAACGUUGUUCGUUUUGUACCUCGAUUGAUGACCCUAUACUUGUAUCAGUUCACUGCCCCCCCCCCCCCCCCCCCCCCGUCUAGUAUUUCAGAAACUCUGACAGAGCACACACUGAAUGACGUGUCAAAGCCUGCCUGUCAGUGUCUUUAUCUCCCCCCGCGUAGUUGCACAAGUGGCAAGUAGCUCCCUGCGUGCUUUUCUUUCGCUGGACUGCACCACGUAGUCAUGGAAAGUCUGCUACGACAGUGACAGUGAUGCAUGUGUGUACGCGUAUCUGCUUGUUCAUCCCUCUUGCUUUGUCGAUCGUUGUGCUUUUAUAAAAUGCUGGUAUUUGUAAUGUAAUGUAGUUGCUUUUGUCUGCUUCUCCCCAUCGCUGUUGCCGCUGUUUCCCCGCAUGCCGGUAUGGCGCACCCCGUGCUGCGUACGUACCCUGUGUGCCCCGGUGUAUCUUUGAGACCUACUUAUUGCAUUGUACAGUUUAGUGACUACCGUGUUGGAUACAAUCGUAAUAACUGUGUGGCUUGAA